GAUAUAUAUAUAUAUAAUAAUAAUUAAAUUUAUAAAUAAAAUUGUAGUUUAUAAGAUGAUCACAAAAAAGAGUCUAUGAAACACUCAUAAUCUAAAGGAUUGAGUGCUNGCACUAUAAAUGAAAAAGCAUUCUAUUUUACUUUAUAAUUAAAAUUGAUAUCUGAAUUCUAAAUUUUCAAUAAUAAUAAUGGCCUUCUAAGAAAAUUAGAAUUAAUCUAUAUAAAUUAAGAUAUAUUUCCUAAAAAAUCUAAAAUUUUAGAAUUAAUAUUUUAUUUAUCUUUAUUAUUUCUAAAAAUGAGUUAUUUAAUAAAAAUAACAGAUUGAGCAAAUAAAUA